GCAGCACCAGCCAAAAAGCAAGGUCUUAUUCUACCUUGGCAAGCUCGAGUCUUUGCCUGGACCCUUCUGGUUAUCUGUCUCGCAAUCUCAGUCUUUUUCACCACCCUCUACGGCGUAUCGUUUGGAGAUGCGGCCUGCAAGAAAUGGUUUUCCGCGCUUUUUAUCGCCUUCUUCACUAGCAUGCUGCUAAUAGAACCCAUAAAGGUUAUGGCUUUUGCCCUCCUUCUUUCACUAAUCUGCAAGAAAACGGAUACCAUUGAGCGCGAACUUGAGUAUGAGGAUGAAAUGCUGAUAGAAGAGCUGGGCAAGCGUUAUCGUCUCCGCGGUGACGAAGAAUAUCUACAUGAAGACUAUUGUAAGUAA